AUCGCAAGCAGUGGGUUUGCCAAGGACGUGCCCCUGCGCAGCUCCGGGUGCGUGGGGAGAAGACGUCAGCUCGUGGCGAGCGGAGGAGAGAUGGAAGAGCAGAGCCCAACUUCGGGAAAAGAUGAAGCGCACCCAGCGAGACCCCGUUCCAGCCCUCUCCUCCCGAAGCAGCCCAAGUGGCUCUCAGGUGGGGGAUCCUACGCUUCCCCUUCUUCGAAACUUGUCUCCCCUGGGGGUCCCUGUUCGCAGGAGAGCGGGGGGCUCCCGCCGAGCCCUUUCCCCACCCCUGGGCCGGAUCCCGUAGGAGCGGCGGCGCCCGCAGCCCGUGGCCGUGCCGCGGCGGUGGCGCUGUCCAUGGUGCUGGGUCCGCCCGAGCGCCGCGGGCACCGGCGGAGCCCCGAGGGGACGGCGGGGGGCAGGAUCUGGGCAACGCGGAUGGGGCUGCGGGAGGUCGCGGGGAUACGUGGCUGUGACCACGGAAGCGGCGUCGGGUAAAAGUGCCACAGCCAACUCCGCCCGUGUCCCGGAGGUUCGGGCAGCCCCCCCGGCUCGUGCUACCUCCCAGAGAGAGGGAGGCAAAGGAAACCAUUUUGCAUCCACAUCAUUUGUACUGCUCUAGUGGUAAUUAAAAAUAAAUAACUAAGGUGCACUUAAAGAGGUAUAGAACUUGAAGAUUUCCCGUCCAGGCUUCGUCCCAGGAUCAAAUUAAAUCCCUUGACUAAAUUAGCGACAGAGCUCACUGGGAGCGAAGAUAAAAGUUACAACGUGCGAGAAGGACACCGAGAGCCGCUGGCCGAAGCUCUCUGCUGAGUGUCGCACACCGAUGGCACUGCCACGCUCCGUGCCGCACCCCGCGGAGGUGCGGGACACGGCCCGCCAGCGGGGAGGGGAGGCUAUUUCCACUCCCGUCCGUGGCAGAGGGCUCUUCACGUAGGGUGCUUUACAAAAAUAAAUAAAUAAAUAAACAAAUAAAUAAAAGAAAAAGGGAAUAAAAAGCAAGCAAGCAAACAAACAAACAAAAAACAAAACGAGAAAGCGCGCAAACAACCAAUAAACAACAACAACAACAACAACAACAACAAUGAACAAAAAACAAUAAUUCAGUACUUGGCGAGUUACGAUUAAAAAGAGAGGGCGUAAAAGGCUCUCGGGAGCGGGGAAAUGAGCGUUUGGGUUAUUCAUCUGAUUGUGUCCGAGAUGGCAGCUUUAAAGAGGGAGUUUGAAGGCAGAGCUCUGGAGACAGCUCUUUGCCAGGCAUUAGGGGAUUAGGUGGGGCUUGAGCAAAGGGAAAUGGGAACCACAAAAGAGGACGGCCCGGGCGUUCCUGGCUAGGGGGUCAGUUCUCCCCGUGCCGCACUUCGCGAGCAAUACCCGCUAUUGUCUGCGCCGGGACAAACCCGCCCGCAGACCAGACCUCGGGUGCGUCCCUGUGUGCUGAGCCCCGCGGAGGGGUGCGGGGCAGAGUCCAGGUAGACCGCUUCGGCCGUGGGCCCGGCGGAUCGCGACUCUCUGUAUGGGGCUGGGCGACCCGCGGUCCCACGUGGGCGCUGCGAGAGGCGGAGCGGGAUAUAGUGAGACAGCACCCCGCAGGGCAGCGCGGCGGCGGAGCGAUGCUCUCCCCGGCACUGAUCUCAUUCCCCACUCGUGUUUCAGGCCGGGAGAGGCUUUCGGGGUUAUGUUCACGGAAAAUCUCGAGGCCUCGUGGUAUAGCCAACGUUGCUUGCCCUGAGGGUCGGGACGCGGAGCCUCCUCGUGCCGGACACGGGGUGGGCAAAGAGGGCUGCUGAGAGGCGGACCUCCCCAACGUGCUUCCCCGUCAGGGGUCACAGCGUGGAGAGCAGAGAAGUGCCUCGGUUUAUGAGCAAAGUUAAACUGGGGCGGCACGUCUCCGAGGAUUCACAGCUCACCUACACGUCUGAGAGGUCCUCAGGAAGUGUGAAUGAAUGCAUUUCUGAAUACAGAUCUUUAUUUUUAUUUUUUUUUAUUUUUUAAUUUUUUUAUUUUUAAUAAUCUCAGAACAAUUUCCCAGCACUUCCAGCACGCACGCAGGGUGCCGCCGGGGGGGAGGGCUCAACCGCUGCCCGCUUCCCAUCAGAGAAGCCCUUCCUCCCCCAUCUGCACCAGGAGAGAAGUUCGCAGGGUGCGCGCCACAGCUGCGGGAUCCACAGCAAAUGCUGCGGUACGGCAAUGGCUCUCUUCAUGCUUGUAUGCCCGUCUGUGCCUGACACCCACAUCUUCACACGGGGCCAGGAGGGAGAGAGCUCAUGAGGACGAAUAAAGGUGCUUGGAACGAGUGGAACUGCACCCAUCGGCCAGUGCGGGCUCGGAGAUCAUCUGCGUCUUCCCAUUUGGCCACUUUUUGUUUUUGCCACCAUUGAAAUGACAGUACUUAGGACGGCGAAAUGCGGAGAUGCAGUAAAGCUGCUUGUCUGAAUCCACUUUGAAGUAAUAAUGCUGUUGGUCUGAAAUCCAGAUCUGCCCGCUAAUCUCUGGUUUUGCCUUCAAACGGAAUUCAGAUACAAAGAGCUUGGAAAGAUUUUGCGUCUAUUCAAGAGGCACAAAAUCUUUAAUUUUCUGAGGAGCAAAAACUCCCCAAGAAACUUCAUAUAGCUCCUUGGGUUUUGCUUAGCAUACGUGAUAAAACAUUGAUUGUCGCAGUCUGGUGACCCAUGAAAUUUGGGGGUUAGUUUUCUCUUCAGACCAGAGCAUAUAAUUAUGCAAAUAAAGAGCUGUCACCGAUCUAGUGAAAUACUCACAAACACACGCAAUCCGAAAUGGAACAGAAAUGUGAAAAUUUGCGGCAUUACGAUGGUGCAAUGAUAAAUGACAU